CUGCAGAACACAGCAAGCACUGAAUACUGGUUGUUGAAUGAACGGAGGAGGCCGGCCUGCGCUGGGUGCUGGGAUCACACAUCACCCCUCCAGUUUUUAACACGCACCUGGGAGCCGUGGCUUGGGGCGUGCCCCUGAGUCCCCGCCCCUCAUACCACGCCCCCAGGCCCAGGGAGAGGGCGGGGUCCCGCGGACGCAGCGGUGGGCACGAUGCGGCAACCCGCCGUUCGGCUCGUGCGCCUGGGUCGGGUGCCGUACGCCGAGCUGCUGGGGCUGCAGGACCGCUGGCUGCGGCGGCUGCAGGCAGAGCCAGGCACUGAAGCCCCGUCGGGGACUGAGGCGGGCGCGCUACUGCUCUGCGAGCCCGCGGGGCCCGUGUACACGGCCGGGCUGCGCGGCGGCCUGACGCCCGAGGAAACUGCGCGGCUACGGGCCUUGGGCGCCGAGGUGCGCGUCACAGGCCGCGGUGGCCUGGCCACCUUCCACGGCCCGGGCCAGCUGCUUUGCCACCCGGUACUCGACCUGCGGCGUCUCGGUCUGCGCUUGCGCAUGCACGUAGCGGCGCUGGAGGCGUGCGCCGUGCGCCUGUGCGAGCUCCAGGGCCUGCAGGGGGCCCGCGCACGGUCCCCGCCCUACACCGGCGUCUGGCUGGGCGAUCGCAAGAUCUGCGCGAUCGGAGUCCGCUGUGGAAGGCACAUCACAUCCCACGGCCUGGCUCUCAACUGCUCUACGGACCUCACGUGGUUUGAGCACAUUGUGCCCUGUGGACUGGUUGGGACAGGCGUCACUUCCUUGAGUAAGGAGCUCCAGAGGCACGUCACCGUGGAUGAAGUAAUGCCACCUUUCCUUGUGGCCUUUAAGGAGAUCUACAAGUGCACACUGAUCUCAGAGGACAGCCCCAACUGAAGAGUACUCAUAACAGUGGGGAUGCUCCUGCCUUGGGAAGCACGAAGCCUGACUUGAGUCACCUACUGAAACCCAGAUUUUAGACCUGGCGUAUCAUUCACUGAUCAUGAAACUAAGGACAUACCAUGAGCUCUGAGCCACUGUUUUCAUAUGUAUCCUGUUUUAUUUAUAUCUAGAUGUGUAUACACAUGCUGUAUAAAACAUUAGCACUACUAUUGACAGCAGUGUCUCAGCUUAGAGAAAUUCAGAUGUCAUAGAUUGUCAUUUCUCUAUUGUUACUUCCUCAAUACUGUGUCUAACUGAGCAAUUCUGGGCUCUAGUUCCCUCAAUUUUGUGGAAAUCAAAUCCCUGAAUGGCACAGGUGAAGGUGAUACGAUAUGGUGCUUUUUUAUUCUCAAGAGACCUGGGUUCUUUCUGCAAUAAAGGGAAAAGGGAAGAACCUUCAAAGAAUAAAAUGGAAUCUUACCUUCCUGGGUUUGAUUCCCCAAGUUUGAUAAUUUCGCAGUUUUUAGUUGGGUUACCCUGAGCUAGGCCAAAGACUGGAGGAAGAACAAGAAUAAUUUCUCACACUGUACAAAUGCCAAAGAUAGAAGUGAGUUUUUUAUAUGAGACCUGUAAGUUUGUAAGGCUGCGUAUUAUCUGUUGCUGUGUAACAAAUCAUCAAACUUAGUGACUUAACAGUAAACAUUAAUUAUCGUUUGUGGGUCAGGAAUUUGGGGGAAGCUUAGCUGGGUGUUUCUAGGUUGGGGUCUCCCACGAACUUGCAGUUAUUCAAAGACUUGGCUGGGCUCUAGGAUUGGCGCCCCAUAUGGUGCACUUGCUUGCCUGGUUGGUUAUGGUUGUUGACAAGAGGCCUCAGUUCCUCACCAUGUGGACCUCUCUAUAGGGCUGCUUGAUAGUUCUCAUGACAGGGCAACUGGCUUCCCCUAGAGCAAGUCAUGACAAAGAGAGACAAUCUGGAAGCCAGAAGCCACAAUGUUUUUUAUGACCCAGCCUCAGAAAUCACACAGGCAUUUCUGUAGUCUUCUAAAGAUGAGCCCUGUUCAGUGUGGAAGGGACUUAACUAGGGCAACGAGAGGUGAGGAUUAUUAGGGGCCAUCUUGAAGAAUGCCUACCACAGCCUUUUAAGAGUGGAAAGAGCCUUGAAUGAGAAGUCAGGGGACCCUGGUUCCAGUUCUGUCUCUGUGGAAAAGUCGUUUACUCUCUGGUCUUCAGUUUCUCCUUAAACCAGUGCUGUUCAACAGAAAUAUAAUGCAAGCCACAUUGUAAUUUGACAUAUUAUAGGAUCCAUGUGAAAAAGGUAAAAGAAAUGGGUGAUGUUAAUUUUUUUUUUUUUUUUUAAGAAAUGAGGCCUCACUAUGUUGCCCAAGCUGGUCUCAAACUUCUGGGCUCAAGGGGUCCUUCUGCCUCAGCCUCACAAAGUGCUGGGAUUACAGGUGUGAGCCACCAUGCCUGGCCUAUGAUGUUAAUUUUAGUAUUUUAAUUAACCCAAUAUGCAAAAAUAUCAAUAUAAAGCAAUAUAAAUGUUUUCUUGAGAUAUUUCACGUUCCUUUUCUCAUGCUGAGUCUUCAAAAUAUAGUGUGUAUUUUAUACUUAUAGCACACCUCAUUUUGGACUAGCCACAUUUUAAAAGUGCUCAGUGGUCACAUGAGGAUGGUGCCUUAGACCCGCCAUUCUCACAUGUAAAGUCCCUUUGAGUUCCCGAGGUUCUGUGGUCUCACUGGCUUCUAGGAAGAAAGGUAAAUCCUCCUUACAUCUGAGGUCUGAUUUUUUUAAUGCAAAUAAUUUAUAUCAAUUAUUCAAGCUGAAAAGGACUUUAGAGGUUUAUUCCUACCCCCUCAUUGUAAAGAGAUGAAAACAAGAAUUAGGAAAAACCUCAAAGUCAAAGUAAAUUAAUGCCAAAGCCAGCACUGAGUCUCAGGUAUAUGCCCCUUUCUCAUGCUCUUUUCCUGCUGUGCACACUGAUUUAGAGCUUGGAACAAUAAGGUUUAAGUGUCAUGGACAUUCCAUCAAUAUUAGUUGACUGAUGGUUUAUCACCUGUAAUUUGGUCCAUAUUCUUCCUGGGCCUUAGUUUCCCAUCCACAGGGCCACUGCUGCUGUUGUAGGGGUGUGGGAGUGAGGAGUCAUUGAUAAUUACUUUAUUAUUGCCAAAAAGGAAAAUAAUUAUUCCGGGAAAAGUGGAGUUAGAUUCUCAUAGAUGGAAGGCCAUGCACAGUGUUUCUACCUAUCUGAUACUCAGCCUCCCUCUCUAGCAGCCCUAACAAAUGACCAUACAACUUGUUCUUGAAUGCUUCCAGAGACUGGAAAAGAAAUAGACAUGUACUCAGCACUUAUGUAUAGUGCCACAUACAGUCAUACUGUGUUAGCCUCUUAAGUACAUGCUCUCAUUUGACAGCCUGUUCCAUUCUUCUGGACCAUAGAGAAUCUGUACACAGUUGUAGUGGCUGAUUUGCUUGACCUUCUUGAACUCAGUUUCAUUACAUGAAACAAGGAUGGUGGUAAGAAUUAGAUGACAUAAUUAUAGGUAAAGCAUUGAGGGUAAUGUUGACCCAGAGUAAAACUUCAGUAAAUCUUAACAUUAUUGUUAUCACCGUCUGUCCUCCAUGAGCCUUCUCCAGGGAAAUUAUCCCCAGAUCCUUUGAGUUCCCCUCAAGGCAAUAGGCUCCGCAGGAGUAGAGCUGCUUCUGCCUUGUUUCCUUCUGCAUCUCCAGCACGUAGUAGUGGGCUUGACAUACAGAAGGCUAUUUGAACAUAUCAAUUAAGGGGAAUUGAACUGUUUAAACUCUUCUCCCAGCCUGCCUAUCUGUCUGUGCACCAGCCCCAGCUCAUGUGUGUCCCAUUAGGUGCAGCACUCGGGGCUGAGCACAGCAGUCUUGGUGUGGACAGACCAGCACAGAGUAUAGGAAACUGUUGCUUCCUGUGCUGGACUUGGGGAACACAAACUGGCCCUCGUGGUGCUGGCCUGCAGGGGUGUUCUUUUUGGCUUACGGAAUUUUAUAUAUGUGUGUAUGUAUCUGGUUAAGUUUAAUAAUUGCCAACAUUUAAAAAAUGGGAAAUUGUCAUGUAAAAAUUUGGUUUUCUGGCUUCUCAUGAAAAUUGGAGAGAUCUGGAAACAUUGGGCCAUCUGCCUGACAAUUGGAAGCAGGUAUGGUUUUUUUUGUUGUUGUUGUUUUGUUGUGUGUGUGAUGGAGUCUCACUCUGUCGCCCUGGGUUCAAGCGAUUCUCCUGCCUCA